AUGGGUGAAAAUUCCCCGUCUAUGUUAACUGAGAAAAAGGAAACCAUAAAAGGAACAUAUAUUAAGAAAAAGAAAAAAGAAAAAAUAUACAGGAGCUAUGUUAGAUGGGAGAAAAGAGAAGUUGAACUUCUUGUUAAUGGAAUAAAGAAAUAUGGAUUAUCAAACUGGACUGCAAUUUUACAAUCUUAUGAUUUCCCAAAAUACAGGACAAGUACAAGUUUGAAGGACAAAUACCGGAACUUUAAAAAAGUUUUUUUUAUAUAA